AGACCAUUGCAGAGUGCAAGUUGGUGCUCUGCUAAACCUUUUGUAGUAGAUCACCCCCUUCUCCUGCAACUUUACCAGCCAACUCUACAAGGACAGACGCCACCUGUGAAGCGAAACUCGCACCGGACACCUGCUACACUGGACCUGAGAUGAACCCCGUGUGUUCAGGAAAUGGGGGUCAGCCACCGAAUAUUCCAGGGGGUCAGCCCCCGAAAAAUAGAGCAGAAGCUAGAAGUAACCAUAGACUUAUAAGGGCGCAACUGCAGGCGAAAUAUGACCAAGAAAGACUUGAGAACCACAGACUAGCGUCUGAGAUCCUGAGUACAGGCACGAGGGCGCAGGAGUUAAAAACGUCAAUUAAGACAGUGCAGGACAAUAUUCGCGAUAUCGUUCACCUCAACAGUGUAAAAGACGAGGAAAUUCGCAAAUUAGAAACCAUGAAAAAGCAGAUUAUUGAUCACAUGGAAAUGUUUCUUGAUGGCGUAGAUGGAGAUAACGAAGCAAGAGCAGUCUUGCGGUUCUUUCUGGCAAGUGAAAAGUCGUAGAGAAUAAUCUAAUCGCUCUCCAAACCAUUUUCCACCACGUUUUCUUGUCUACCAGAAAUCUAGAGACUCACCGAGUCUCAGUGAGUCUCAUUAACAAAGCAGGAUCUUUGUUAAUCAGAGAAUUUGACUUUAUAAAUUGUGUGCGAGAGGGCUGUGAGCGCUGGACUGACUUCGAGCGAAGAGCCCCACAUGGGACAACAUGGGUACACACACAAAGCAAAUUACAGAAAACCUUUUUCUAUAAUGAAAUAUUAUCAU